AUGAACGGCCUGAAGAAGCGAAAGGCCAGUGGCCAAACGGGGAAUGCGCCAGCUAACAAGAAGGCAAAAUCUCGAAAAUCUGUCUCAAAAUCUAGGAAGCUUACAAACAUUGACUCGCUACAAUGGCGCAAAGCAAAGCUCCCCGAUAUGUUCGACGAUGCCGAGGGCUUUUACGGCUUAGAAGAAGUUGAUGGUGUUGAGAUUAUCAAGAAUAGUGACAAUACAAUUGAAUUUCGGACUGCCAUUCCCUCAGAUGGUGAUGAUAACGAAGAAACUGAAAAGGAUGAGCAACUCAAUGAACACGGUGACGAUGACGAAUUCGAGGGAUUUGAAGAUGAGCCUAUUGCGAAUGAUGCUUCCGAAAACGAGCCACCCAAAUUAUCCACGAAUACCAUCGAAGAUGUAGAGACAGAGAAGGGAGAUACCAAUGAUACCCAAGAAACUAAGAAAAAGCAGAAGCAGAAAAAACAGAAGGCGUCGAAUAAAGCAGAGGAUAAAGAGCUUGAGACCAAUUUAUUCGCCGGAUUGGAUGAUGUAGAGGACGCGCAAGAUGAUGUAGAUUUGUCGGCCUGGGUGUCAUUAGGUCUAUCCCCUGGAUUGCUUGGAUCUUUAGCGAAGUUGAAAUUCUCGAAGCCUACAUCUAUCCAGGAAGCCGCGAUACCACAGAUCUUAGCCGGUCACGAUGUCAUUGGCAAGGCAUCAACAGGUUCAGGAAAAACUUUGGCGUUUGGAAUUCCAAUUGUUGAGAAGUGGCUGGAUUUAUCGGAAGAGAGCAAGGACAUCACUUCCGAGACUACCUCCAAAAUUCCCCUGGCUUUGGUCCUCUCGCCAACUAGAGAACUUGCGCAUCAACUCACAGAUCACAUCAAGAAUCUAUGCGCAGGUUUACCUACAUCACCUUACGUAUGUUCCGUUACUGGUGGCCUAUCAGUUUACAAGCAACAGCGCCAAUUAGCUAAGGCAGACAUCGUUAUUGGAACGCCUGGGCGAUUGUGGGAGGUCCUAAGUUCUAGCUCCGAGCUAUUGAACAGCUUCAAGGGGAUCCAGUGCUUGGUGGUAGAUGAAGCCGAUAGACUUCUGACAGAGGGCCACUUCAAAGAAGCUGCUGAAAUUUUUAAUGCGUUGGACCGAUUUGAAACAGAGGAAGACGAGGAAGGAGAUGCGACGCCUUCGCCAAGACAAACCCUUGUAUUCUCAGCUACAUUCCAUAAAGGGCUACAACAGAAACUUGCUGGUAAAGGUCGCUACGACUUAAUGAGCCAGCAAGAUUCUAUGGAGUAUCUACUCAAGAAGUUGAAUUUCCGAGAAGAAAAGCCAAAAUUUAUUGACGUAAAUCCGGUAUCUCAAAUGGCGGAAGGGCUUAAAGAAGGCCUAGUAGAAUGUGGGGCCAUGGAAAAGGAUCUUUAUUUAUACGCCCUUUUACUCCUAUAUCCAAAUGUACAGACACUGGUUUUUACCAAUUCUAUCAGUUCUGUCCGAAGAUUGGCUCCUAUGCUUCAAAAUCUGAAUUUGCAAACCCAUCCACUACACUCACAGAUGCCUCAGAAGGCACGUUUGCGUUCUGUUGAACGAUUUACCGGCGCAAAACAAGGGCAGUCGUCAAUCCUUGUUGCGACAGAUGUCGCCGCACGGGGCUUGGAUAUUCCAGGGGUUGACCUGGUGGUUCAUUAUCAUGUACCCCGCGCUGCGGAUGCAUAUGUGCACAGGUCCGGACGUACCGCGCGAGCAGACAAAACGGGCUUGAGUAUACUGCUGUGUGCACCGGAGGAGGUUGUCCCAACCAGAAGGCUCAUCGCUAAGGUGCAUUCAACUAGCGGUAAGGCGUCCAAGAAGAAUUUCUUCGUACAGACGUUGGAUAUGGACCGGAAAUUGGUCAACCGUCUAAAACCUCGUGUCACGAUAGCGAAGAAGAUUGCUGAUGCCGGGCUUGCGAAAGAAAAGGGCAAUAAGGAAGACGACUGGAUGCGCAACGCCGCUGAGGAACUUGGUGUCGAGUACGACAGCGACGAGAUGCAGCAGGUCGGAAAGUGGGGAGGACGUGGAGGCGGCCGGAAAGAAAAGCAGGAACAAGCGAGGGCUAUGACCAAGGCCGAGUUAGGUGCCCUGCGCGCAGAGUUAAGAGAGCUCCUCUCGAAGAGAGUUAAUGCUGGUGUUAGCGAGAAAUACAUCGCUACUGGCAUGGUGGAUAUGGACGAGCUUCUACGCGGCGCGAAGGGCGAGUUCUUGGGCAAAGUUGAGGGCCUCGACAUCGAAACCCUAUAGCCUACUAUUAUUCUUGGCUAUGGUGCUUCGUAAGCUCCUCUAACAAACAUCUAUGGAUACCAAUAACGUCGACGUCCCGCUGCUAGUGACUGGAUGAUUACCUAUUCCAAUUGAACGACGUUGCACCGCGGACAUUCAGCGCGGCACCA